CAAUUUAAAUGUUAAAUUCGCCGCAUUUAUCACACAAUGCCGCAAAAAACUUUCAAAAAAUACACAAAUUUCCGUAUUCGACGUUACGGAUACUCCUUAACUUCGCGACAUUCGAUCAGCAAGAUAAUACCCGUUGACGGAUUGAUCAUCGGAAGAGAAGAGGAUUAUAUUUGGAAUCAACUUUCCUUGUCUUUGUCGGGAUUUGUCUCAAGGAAACAUUGCCGCAUCUUUUGUAAAAAUGACAAAAUCUACCUGGAGGACUACUCGAAAAAGGGAACUUGGGUGAAUGGGAUUAAAAUUCAUCAUUCAACGACAGAAUUGAAGGAGGGCGAUGUCUUUAGUCUCGGCAAAAAAAUCGACGAAAAACUUGCUUUGGAUAGCUUAAAAGAGUAUUCUUUCAUUGUCGAAUCGUUAAUAAAACGAGAAAAAGAUGAAAAAAUCACGGAAAACCCCAAAUUUCAAGUCCCUCAGCAACCGGAACGCCUGUCAACGCAAGAAAUGUUCAAUUAUUUGGCAAAUUUCACUCCAAUUCACACUUCAGAGCAACUUGAAGAGGCAUAUCCUUCAACGCAGGACCUUUUACAUGACUUAAAUGCAUCAAACGAGGCUUCUUCAGUGCAUGAAACUCCUCCAACAUCCCCGCAAGAGACGGAAAUUAACCAAAAUUUGCAUGAAAUUGAACAUGAAGCUGAAAUUUCAUCCAAAAAUGUUCUUCAAAUCCUUUCUGAACCGAUUCACAAAGAAGUUCAAACCGAAGAAAUUCCUCAAAACCCGCUAAAUCUCCGUGAAAUCCUCAAAAAUGCCGAUCUCAAUGAAAUUUUGAACCAUUUACUCAACAUUCACGGGUUCGAAGUCAUGGAAAUUAAAUUUAAAGAGCUCAAAGCUUACGUAAAUGACCCGAAUUCGACUCCGCAAAAGAGCUCAGACACCAAAAAUCGACGAAAAUCUCACAAGGAGAAGAAAUCUCGCAAGGAUAAACAAGUUGAAAGUCCAAAAAUUGUCCCAAAAUUAAAAAUCAACUUGAAAUCUUUGAAAAAUCUGCCUCAAAUUGAAGAACCAAAACCAGCUAAAAUCCGAAAUCGACGAAAAACGGUUGAUGGAUCGUCAGUUAAGCCCCAAGAAAUUGCCGAAGACCCGGAUUUCUUGAGAAUGCUUGAUUCUGAGGUCAUAAAAAGUCAAAAAUCGAGUGAAAAAGAGAAACGGAGACACAGUAGAAGUCCUUCAGAGAAAGAACCAAAGCCGGCGAAGGUCAAAAGGAGUCGUACAAUGCAUGAAUUUGACAGAAAUUUGGAGUUGACGCCCGAAAAAGAGAUUCCAGGACCUUCGAUGUUUGAUAAAAGUUCAUUUUAUUCAACUCCAAAGUCGAAACCUGUGUCAAUUUUGAAGCGUCGGGCAUCAAUUUGUCCUUCUGAAGUAAUUUUAGAUGCGGAAAGUCAUGAAAAUUCAUCAAAAUCGACUCCAAUCAAACGAAAAACUGACUCAACUUCGGAAAAUUCAUCAAAAAAUCAAGAAAUUCACGAUGAACAGCCCUCAACGUCGCAAGAAUCGAAGCCUGCUGCUAUCAAACGUCGUCGAACCACGAUUUGUAGUUCUGCGUUGCCCUCAAAUGAUGAAAUUUCUUCCUCUUCUGAAGUUUCAGUACCUUCUCGAGCACGUAGAAAUUCCAUCAAUGACUCAUCGACACUUUUUCAACAAGAUUUUUCGACUUUUGAUCGCUCCGAAAGACCAAAGCGUGACUUGGGCAUCGAAUUUUCGCAAAUUAUUCUUCGUCCCGUGCCGCCAGCGAAGGAUUACGUCGAUAUUUAUCGCAAAGAGGAACUGCCGCCGUCACUGGAUGAAGUCCCUGAUUACUCAACUGCGUUGAAAAAGAGUCGAAUCGCUCAUAAUCGUGCCAAAAAUGAAACAGAAACCAAAGAAGAAGUGCCAAAAAUACCCAAAAAGGUCAGAUUUGAGGAUGUUGAGCGAAAUGAAAAAAGUUUUGAAGAAAAAAUGAAGGAAAAGGAGCCUGAAAUUGAAGGAACAGUACAAAAAACUCCAAAAAAGGUAAGAUUUGAUGAUGUUGUGGUAGAAAUAAUUCCCGCAGAGAAGAGCGAGACACCAAAAAAGACAGUUGAAGACGUUCCAACGACGAAUAAUGAUGAAAAAAUGGAAGAAGUUCAAGAAAUAUCGAAUGAAAUGGAAGAAAUGGAUCAAAUUUCAAACACUUCAAUAGAAAAUUUCGUCCUAAAUGACCCAAAAAUCGAUGAAGAAGAGCCAAGUUCGUCAACAAAAGACACAGAUCUAAGAAUUUUUGCCGAAAAUACUCAAAAUAUUCCAGCUUUGGUUGAAUUCUCACCUCAAAACAUACGAAAAUCUCCUUCUCCGGAGAUAUCUGAGGACGAAAUCCAAAAAGAAGUCCAAUCCAUGCUUCGUAAAAGUGACACAGAAAGCAGCGACGAUGAAAAUUUCCAAUUUCAAGACGCAAUUACGACUGAUUCGCUCAAAAAAUCGCCCGAAAUCAUCAAAAAUCCGCCUUUAAUUCCAACUCCGGUCAUCGAAAUCAGCAGCGACGAGUUCAGUGACGCCGCUGUCGUUGAAAAAGCUCCCGUUCCUUUAGUUGCUGAAAUUGGCGACGUCUUGAAUCGAUUAAAGGAUUACGGUGUGAUUCCUCCAAAUCCGGCAGAACCUGAAACGAGUGAGUUAAAUACGUCGAAUGAAAUUCUCGAAGGCGUAAAUCCUCCAUGUCCCGAAGUUGAAGAGCAAAAUUUAGCCAAAGAUCCGCGAUUGCAAGACGGAAUUCAGUCGGCGAUGAGAAAACCAAAGUUGCCAAAGUAUGAUACGAAAAAGAUUUUGGCUGAUGUGCUUCAGUGGGAGGUUGAUUGGUUGACAAAUGGCGUAGAUGGCAUCGUUGAGAAAUGGUUAUCGAAGCAUUCUGGAGUGACGGAUACUUUUGAUUCGGUUAAUUGUUACAUUAACACUUUUUCAACAUUACUAAAAGUCGAAACACUCCAUCGCCUUGCAGAAACAAACGAAAAACAUUGGACUUCAAAUUCGAAGCAAUUUGCCAUCAACGUGUGCAAACAAAACAAAUUCACCAUCAACAAAUUCGACUUUAGUGCCAUCAGUUCCUAUCGUUGCGAAUUCACAUCCCGAAAUCAUUCAAAAUUCAUAAACGACCUCAAAAAAGGCCUUCUUGUCUCCAUCGGCGGAACUUGCACCCGCAAAAAAUACUUCGGCUACAUCACCCGCGUCUCAGAUUUCCGCGAAAAUCACGUUAGCGACUUGAACAUAAUUGUCGCCGACAAAUUUCGCUUCGAAUCUAAUCGCAACGUCACGAUCCGCAUCCUCUAUAACGUCAUGAAAAUGCUCGAUAUGGUCGUAAAUUUGGAAGAAAUUCGCGAAUCGCCACUUUUACCGCUAAUUUUGAACCCGAAAAACAUCAAAAUUGAUCUGAAUGUCGUUGCGACGAGCGACAAUGCGGGCAUGGAUCGUCUGGAUCCCGAUCAGUUUGAGACGACGUCGCUCAUUACGAACAAAAUUGAGUGGGAUCGCUUCGAUCCGCACAUUUUUCUCGUCGAUGGGGCUGCAGGCACGGGAAAAACUCGCACAAUUACGAACAUGGUGAUGCAUUUGCUGCGAAAUCCCGAUGUCCCGAAGAAAGAUUACCGAAUUUUGAUUUGCGCGCCGGGAAAAAGUGCAACUGGCAUGAUAACGAACCGAUUGAUUCGGUGUCGCGACAAAUUGGAGGCUGACGAGAAGCAAAUUUUGCGAUUUGUCAGUUUUUCGGAGCAAGUUGAGCUGCAUGGGAUGGAGGAUGAACGUUCGACGGAGGAAAUUCGGGCGGAAAUUGACAAAAUUCAGAUGAAAAUUGAAAAAUUCAAAAAUUACGAGUUAGUUUUGGAUCUCGAACACGCAAUUAGAGCUCUAAGUCGCAAGCAGAGACUUCAAGAUGACACUUUCGACUUCAAUUUGUGCAAUAAUUUCACCAAAAGAGAAAUUCUGGAAGAAGCAAAUGUCAUCAUUUGUGACGUAACUGACCCAAAUAUCUUCUUUUUGGCAAAUUCCAAGACCCAGUUCGACGUAAUUAUCGUAGAUGAAGCCACAAAAAUCACGGAAAUUGCCACAAGUCUCCUUUUGAACUUCAAUUCGCAUCAUUUGAUCCUCUUUGGAGACAAGGAAAAGCAUCCACUGACCAUCCGGAAUGAGAAAGCGCGGGAAAUGGGACUCGGAAAUUCACUUUUUCAUCGAAUCGCGAAGGUUCUUCCUUCAAUUCCGUGUUUGAAGAGGCAACAUCGCAUGCGGAGUGACGUCCUGAAAUUCAACAACGACUAUUUUUAUGGGAAUAAAGUCAUCAGCACUUGCGGUUUGGUCGAUCCAAGCUACAAAAUCGCGCCUUAUUUGGUUUUUGAGCUGGAAAGUGUCAAAAGUUACAACGUAGAAUUGGAUGGAUUUGUCGUGGAUUUGGUUAAAGCGAUAAAAGAACAAGAUCACUCACAUUCAAUCGGAAUUUUAGCGACUUGUAAACAGCAAAAAUCGAAAUUAAGUGCAAUUUUUUGUAAACAAAAAUUCUCCUCUCGAAAUAUUUCUCUUCAAACGAUUCAAGAAGCGGAAGGACAGGAAAAGGAUAUCAUCAUUUUUUGUUGCACCCCGUGUUCAGAUGAAGGUCUUGAAGUACUUUUCGAGACAACUUUGGUGAAUGUGGCUUUGACUCGUGCUCGGAAAUCGUUGUUCGUUUGUGGAAAUUUUCAUACCUUGAAACGCAAUAAAUUUUGGGAGAAAUUCGUGCAAGAUGCCAAAAAUCGUAAUGUUUAUAUCGACACGACGCUCGAUAAUCUUUUAAGUUUAAAGAAUUUUAUUUUGCAGAAAUAAAGAUAUAUUUUUUUAUACUUUUGUA